AAAAAGAAUGGAAGAAAUUUGGAAGCUUAGUCAUUUGUUAAUGACAGUAUUUCUAUAUACUUUUGCAACCAUGAUGGUGAUUCCAGCCAUCACAGAUGUCACCAUGUUCGCUCUCUGUCCCGAUCAAGAUGAGUGUUCUCUUGCCAUUUACUUCACCGGCUUGCAACAAGUCGUGACGGGACUUGGGUCGUUGCUUAUGAUGCCAUUGCUCGGAAACUUGUCGGACAAAUUUGGGAGGAAGACUGUACUUACCAUUCCUAUGAUUCUUGUUGUUCUUCCUCUUGGGAUAUUGGGAUAUGGAAGGUCUAGGAAAUUUUACUACGUUUAUUUUGUGUUGAAGUGUGUGACAAGUAUUAUUUGCGAAGGGAGUGUUCAAUGCCUGGCCGUUGCUUAUGCGGCUGACAAUGUACCAGAACACCAGCGAGCUUCUGCAUUCGGAAUCCUAUCCGCCAUUAUCUCUGCUGCUUUCGUCUGCGGGACUCUCUGUACUCGUUUUCUCUCCAUUCCAUCCACAUUUCAGUUUGCGGCUUCCACGGCGGUUGUGGCGGCUGUUUAUAUGAGGAUUUUCCUUACCGAUUCUGUCGCCGAUUGUAAUCUUUCUGCUCCCUUACUCUCUGGUGAGAAAGUAGAAUCUGUUUCUUCGGAACCAGUUUCGCCCAAAAAGGAACACAUUAUUACUACCUUGCCUUCAGUGAAGGACCUGUUUUCCCUGUUGAUGACUAGCUCAACAUUUUCGCAAGCGGCCAUUGUUGCAUUUCUUACCAAUCUCGCUGAUGUUGGCCUUCAUGCUUCUGUAUUGUACUAUUUGAAAGCCAGAUUUCAAUUUGACAAAGAUAGGUUUGCUGAUUUAAUGGUGAUUUUUGGGGCUGCUUCGACUUUUUCACAGCUAAUUUUAAUCCCAAUCUUGGUUCCUGUUCUAGGAGAGGGCAGGCUGCUCUCAGUUGCGCUUUUUUUCUACAGCGUUCAGAUGCUUCUUUACAGCAUUGCUUGGGCUGACUGGGUUGUCUAUGUUGCUACAAUGCUUUCCAUGUUGUUUAUUUUCUGGCAGCCUUGUCUGCAAAGCAUUGUGUCGAAACAAGUUGGUGCAAGCGAGCAGGGUAAGGCUCAAGGAUGCAUUUCAGGCAUAUCUUUAUUUUCGAAUGUUGUUUCUCCAUUGGUAUUCUCCCCUUUAACAGCUUUGUUUCUCUCUGAAAACGCUCCAUUUUAUUUCCCUGGAUUUAGCAUCUUGUGCGCUGGAGCUUCUGUUAUGUUAGCAUUUGUUCGAAGUAUCCUGAUGAGGACUCCUACCAGAGCCACCACCAGCAGCCAUGUGGAAGCCUAAGCUCUUCCCCUGCUCAUAUUUUUGUUAAAUAGUGUACAAAUUUGAUUGUUAUUCAAAAAGUUUUUUUUUUAAAAAUAAUUUUAUUUUCAUUUUUUAACGAUCAUCAGGUCGUGGCAAACGAUUUCUAACAUGUUCACGUAGGUUGAGCUAUGUUCAUUUUUAUUUGUUUAAUUAAAAAAAUUAAAGAAUAAAAAUAGUUUUUUUUUCCCUCUA